AUGCCUCCUGUAAUUUAUAAAAGUCCUUUGCCUGUUCGAUUAAAAGCCCCAAAAGGGAGAAUAAUUCCGUUAAAUGCUCCUGAUAUAAAAAUUGGAAAAUCGUUAAUUAGUGCUUGUCCUAAAAGAAUAAAAGGAGAGAAAUUAGCAGAAAUGAGGCAAAUUAUACGUAAGUAUUUAGGAAAAAAAAAAGAAUACUUUGUUGACGUUCAUGCUACUUAUAGUGUAACAAAAAAACCAGAUGGAACAAAAAUGGGGCAAGGAAAAGGAGUAAUUGAUCAUUUUGUUGCAAGAGUGCCUUCUGGGAAAACUAUUUUUCAUAUUCCUACUAUUAGUCCAUUUAAUGCAUUAGGUUUUGAUGAUCCUGUUUAUAAAGUUUUAAAAAAAGCAGCAGCUAAAGUUGCAAUUCCUUGUGUAUUUAGAACACAAAAUAAUUUAUUUCGAGUACAUAAUAUAAAGUAUAUUUCCCAAAAAAAGAUUCGCAGUGAUCAAUUAAAACAAUUCAAAGAAUAUAAGUCAAAGUUAUUUAAAAAUGAUAGUGAAAAUAAUGUAUAA